AUGUCUGCUUUUUGUGAAAAAAUACCAAUUGAAGUGGAGGGUUUUUUCAAACAACAAGGGGCUGGGUCAACUAUUAAAUCAAAUGAUGUUGAGCAUGUUUCCUAUCUCUUUUCGAGAAACAAGUCGGCUAUUUCCUUGCAAAAUUAUGAUCAAUUUCAUAUGUGGCAAUUCCGCCAAGAUCUCUUUGUUAGUUGGGGGAAGAAUCCGCCCGAAUCGGAUCUUUUGAGGAACGUAUCGAGAGAGAAUUUGAUUUGGUUAGACAAUGUGUGGUUGGUAAACAAGGAUCGGUUUUUUCGUAAGGUACGGAAUGUAUCGUCAAAUAUUCAAUAUGAUUCCACAAGAUCUAGUUUCAUUCAAGUAAGGGAUUCUAGCCAAUUGAAAGGAUCUACUGAUAUACCCAGAGAUCAUUUUGAUUCCCUUAGUAAUGAGGAUUCAGAAUAUCACACAUUGAUCAAUCAAAGAGAGAUUCAACAACUAAAAGAAAGAUCAAUUCUUUGGGAUCCUUCCUUUCUUCAAACGGAAGGAACAGAGAUAGAAUCAAACCGAUUCCUGAAAUGCCUUUCUAGAUAUUCCUCAUUGUCCUGGCUAUUCACGGAACGUGAGAAGCAGAUGAUUAAUCAUCUGCUUCCAGAAGAAAUCGAAGAAUUUCUUGGUUCUACUUUAAAAAAUACCGCCUCAAUUCAUCCUAUUUCAUCAGAUUCGGGAUGUGAUAUGGUUCCGAAGGAUGAACCGGAUAUGGACAGUUCCAACAAGAUUUCAUUCUUGAACAAAAAUCCAUUUUUUGAUUUAUUACAUCUAUUCCAUGACCGAAACAGGGGAGGAUACACGUUAAACCAUGAUUUUGAAUCAGAAGAGAGAUUUCAUCUUGAAUUGAGGUGA